AUGGAUGGCCAACCUCCAGAACCCGUGGCUCCGGCCUUGGACCCACAGCACGAUGACAUGGAUGUAGAUGACGCAGAAAACGUGUUGAGCGAUCUGAGAAAGGAUGAACGCGCUGAAGACCUCGAGGCCGACCUUUGGGAUGCCAUGGGGCACUUUGGGAAGACGGGCCGCCUUCUUUCUUGUCAUACGCUACCUGACUCUCUUGGUGGUGUAUCUGUUAAAGGGGUCGGAAAUAUUGCCCUGCCACUUGAAGAGGCACAAGCUCAGCAAAUCAGUGCCCACGCUCGUGAGGAAGAAGACCAGUAUGACAGCGAUAAUCUCACAGAGCUUGACCCGGAAGAAUAUACCUUGGAUGAUGCCAUAUGGUCGAAUGUGAUUCAAGGCUUCUUGGAGCAGGCUUCCCGCAAUCUCGGUGUGACCACACCGCUCCGGGCGAAGCCCGUUAGGAUGCUCUUGAUGAAGCGCGGAUUCGAUUAUAGCGAAACUUUUCUGACUGCAGAGAUCCAAGCCAUAGGUAGUCUUGCCAUUUUUCUGCCGUCUAGACAUGAAGGCGGCGAGAUAGUGUUCAAUCAUAGAAAGACGAAAAAAGUUGUUUUUGCACCAAGCCAAGCGGCGCAAUCAUUUACAACUUGGCACUACAAGAUCAACUCACGUCCAAUCAAAUCAGGCUACCUCUUGGUUCUAAUUUUCUCCAUCAGUACCAGUACCAACUGGCAAAAACUUGACACGACGAAAUUUGAGUUGCCAAGACGCGAGCUGCAGCCUCUCCGGCGUGCGUUGAGGCGAUGGAUUGACAAAGAUUGCGGGUCGCGCAGCCCAGACGCGUCUUAUUAUCUAUUCCAAGACGAAUACCAUCGAUAUCGUAUUUCGGACCACCUCAAGCCACAAGAUCAUAUUUUGGUUCGGCAUCUUAAGAGGCUCUCCGGCGAGUUUCCAUUUGAGGUCUUUCUCGCAUUUAUUAGGAGGAGGCCGAAUGGUCAUGCUGAAUCUCUCGAUCAAUCUAAGAAGUAUAAUGCACAGAUAUUCAGCCUGGCAGGCAAUGAAGUCACUAAUGACGGCGUCAUCACCAAGGGAGUUCUCAACUCAUUGGACUCAUUGGAUACUAGAUCUGCUCGUGCCGGUGUUAUUAUCAUACCUCGUGAUAAAAUCAUACCUUUCUUCUACGGCUGCGAUCAAUACGGUCGCCCCCAUUCCGGCGAUGCCGCUUGGCCAUUAUUCGCUACCUAUGCUAGGGACUGUUUGAAGAAGGACGCUCGCCCAAGCUCAGCAAUCGUUUUCAAACAAAUUUGUAGCUUCAUGAUGGCUCCUAUGCCUAAACAGACGGAGCAGUUUUGGGCUAGGCCAAGACCGAUAGACAUGGAUUUUAUUGAUGUUCUAGAGGCCAUGCUCGUACUCAAGUUCUAUUCUUGGUUCAGCCAAUAUAUUCAAAACGCUUUGGAGUUGCCCAGAUAUUUCCUUUCCCGGCUCCGUAAUUGGUUUGCCAUCACAGAUGACGGCAAUAAGGAAAGAUUGGAAGCUAUUGAGAAGUCAUUUUUGUAUGUGAUUCUCACAUAUCCUGGGCCCGUGAAACAACUUAAAUCACUCAAAGGAGCUAUUCAUUAUCGGCAAGAAAGAACGCAGGACGGAACACCGAGGCGAAGACUCAAUGCAAUCCCAGGACGUAUCCUCCAUUUUGCUCGCCGAGUUCUGAAUUCAUGCAUUGAGGCUUGUAAAAACAAACGCCUGCAAGCGCAAGAUGGGCAAGCAUUAGCCGAAUUUGCCCUUUAUUUUGACGAUCCAUUUGAGUUUCUAUCACUGACCAUCGAUAAGAUUGGUCUGGAGCGCCAAUUGGCGGCAAUACUCGGGCUUAUCCAUAAAAUAGACUACUAUGGCAUAUCUGGAUAUUUGCCCAAGGGGGAUUGUUUGAAGUUUAGUCGGGAGGUAGCCAAAUCUCUACUUUCCUCGGCAGACUUCGUACAAUGGCGUGGCAUACCCGAUGGUCGUUAUUUUGUUAGUCCCGGGAGUGCUGUACCUAACGGCAAUCUGCACAACGGCAACUACCAUGGGGGUGACGAUCUUCAUAAUGACGAUGACCUUGAUCUCGAUGAUUACGAGGAACACAACGAGGAGGAUCAAGAUGAGGGGGAUCAAUACGAAGAGUACAUCGAGGAAGAAUAUGAUGGACGCGACUUGUACGACGUGUGCGACGCGUACGACGAUGAAGAUUUUGUUUAUGUGGAUGAUUACCGUACCUAUCUCUAUCAUGACGAUGAUGAUGGUUCCCUACGCAAACUUGGUGAGAGGGGAUAUAAAAAGCAGUAUGGCAACGUCAAAUCUUCGACAUCUUCCCAGCGCGGAAUGAAAGGAAAAGGAGUUCACUUUAGGAGUGUUUUCUGUUUCAUCGACCAGAUCAUCGAUCCAGAGUGCCAAAUUCUCGAUCCAGAGGACCCAUCUGACGGUGUUCUCGAAUUACUUGUCUCGAAAGUCGUUGACGCUGCUCCACAUAUACGACGUACUCAAUUCGAUGCUUUAUGGAUGCCCCUUGUGAAGGAAUUCAUACCACUCAUGAAGCGCCUCCAACUAGUACUGGGAGAUUACAAAGCACAGCUAAUUUCAAAAUUCUUAUCAGCGAUUCUUAAGGCAUAUGUCAACACAUGGGUGGGACGCUACCCAGAGCGCCCAAGCCUUUCGCGGCCUGGAGUCUAUUGCUCGUGUCCGGAUUGCAAAGGACUAAAUGUCUUUUUACAUAACAAAUUGCUAAGACGUGGCCGAUUUAAAGCAGACAAGGUCAGGGUUCAGCAUCUUUUAGAUGAAAUGGCUAGGGCCAAGGUUGAUUUCAAGUCUAACAUGGUAGAGGAUGCUGAUUCUAUCACUUUGGUCGUGACCAAGGCUGAGCGUCUCCUCGAACGGGCUCGCAGGCAGUGGGGAAACAGACGAUACCACGCGAGCAAGCAAGUGGCAAAGUUUGGCCUAGCGGGGCUCGAGUUUGCGUUUGGUACAGAGUGGAUGUCGUUUAUGAGUAUGGCUCAUCUCGGAGGCAUUGGGUUCGACAAUUUGGAAAUACGGACCUUGUUGAAGCUGAGAACUGGGCUAGGCGUGGAAGUCGUCAGGUCCAGGUCAGCCACCAUGUUCUUUCGAGGACUUCCGAGGCCUGAGAAGUGA